GGAUUAUUGCGUGCAGCAGCUACCUGGGAACAAGAUGAUUAAUCAGACUUCCCCUCAAUCCUUCAAUGUCUGGUCUCAGCACAAAAGCCAGAUCCGGAUAGAAACUCACAGUCAACCCGCUGUCACAUUCAGGCCGAACCAGUGCCUGCAUUCCUAUAAGCUUCAUGUUCUCUGAACUCCCCCCCUUGACUGCUCUGAACAUACCUCCCUUGACCUCAACCAUGGCCUCCGCGAACAAGACUCUCCUAGUCAUUGGCGCAGGACCGGGCAUCGGCCGCGCAGUGGCUACAAUGUUCGCGUCCAAGCGCCACGACAACAUCGUGCUUGUCGCGCGGCGCGCCGAACAGCUGAAGGCAGAGCAGUCUGCCGUCGAAGCGGCUCUUAGCAGCAGCGGCAAAGCUGGAAAGGUAAAGAUCAGGACGUACGCCGUCGACAUUACGCACACGGCAGCCUUGCUCAGGGCUCUUGAUGACGCCGAUGCCGCCUUUGGCAAACCCGAGUGCGUCUUCUUCAACGCGGCGCGGGUGUUGCCCUCAACCCUGAUGGAGCAUGACGUCGAGGAGAUUGAGUACGACCUGAAGAUUACCGUCUCAGCCCUAUACAUCGUAGCGCAGCGGUACAUGCCGCAUCUGCUCGAGCUUGCCACCAGCUACCCCAACAAGCCUGGGCUGAUCGUGACUAGCUCGGCGCUGCCGUUCGAGCCCAUCCCGGAGCUCUUCGCGUUGUCGCUGACCAAGGCUGCGCAAUUCAACCUCAUGCGGAGCAUGCAUAUGACAUACGCUCCGCGCGGCGUCCAUGUUGGGGUCAUUAACGUCGGUGGCAUGGUCAGCGAGGACCACGAGCGGUUCAACCCGGCUAAUAUUGCGGAUAAGACGUGGGAGUGGUAUGCUGAUGCCCAGCCGGAGGUAAACAGAUUCGAGCUUGUUAUUUAAAUUUGAAAAUGUCCGGUCUGGGGGAUUGGUAGAUCGGUUAGCCUUGUUUACCUGGCUCAGUAAGGUAGUUACCAUAUAUAUCUACUUACGGUCUAACCUGCAUAUAACGAUUGGCCCGGG